CUCUCUCUCUCUCUCUCUGUGUGUGCUCCCCCCCAAACCCACACUCAUAUGCACGCCAAUCAGACAAGAAGAUAGUCUCUUUGGCUCUCGCUUAGAGUGACCCUGUAAAACAUUGUACGCAGAGAGGUUAUACAUUUGGAUUUUGUUGAUUUUUUUGUGCUCAAUAUAUUGAUUCAAACGCCUGGAGGGUACAGAUGGAAACCGGAGGUCCUUCAGCUGUAGCUGUGAGAAAGGUAACCAUUACACCUAAGGCUAUUAUUUACCAGAAAUUUGGAAGCGAUGCAUGCUACAAGGUUGAGGAAGUAGAGGAGCCCCCUCAAAUUGAUUGCCCAAGACUGGUAAUUCCACAGAAGGGCCCCCGCCUUUACUGUUGCCACUUGCAGCUUCCUGAAUUUUCGGUUGUUUCCAAAAGUUUCAAGAAGAAGAAGGAUGCUGAGCAAUCUGCUGCUGAGAUGGCAUUAGAAAAGCUAGGCAUCAAACCAACAACAGAUAGUUCCUCUGUCGUGGACGUGUGGGAUGGCUUAAUUUCUCGUGUGUCUCAUUUAUUUUCUGAUGAGUUCCUUCCAUCCCUCCAUCCACUUGGUGGCCACUUCAGAGCAGCUUUGCAGAGAGAUGAUGAUCUUUAUGGUUCCAUUCCUGUUUCUGUCAUGGCUGUGUGUGAUGCAAAAUUAAGUAAUAUUUGUAGAUUGAUUGAUCCUAAGGCGGACUCAAAUCUCUUCAUGAUCAUCUCACUUAUUAUGAGGGCUGCUGCAAAAUUAUCUGAGUCCGUUGUCUCUUCAAAUGGACAACUUUCAAUUAAGAGAAAAAAUCCAUACCCAACUGAGAUCAUCGAAUCAUCAGCUAUCGAGAAAUCAGUUUCUCCUGAAAUCACAUUGGUUGAAGCUUUAUAUGUUCCCUAUUUAUUGGAGAAAACCGUUCAGCCAGUAACUCUCAAUUUGUCAUCCAGUGGAUACUACCUUGAUGUUAUUGCACAAAAACUUGGUUUAACGGAAGCCAACAAGGUUCUGGUUUCAAGGAAUAUUGGGAAAACUUCUUCUGAGACAAGAGUUUACUUUGCUGCUCCUGAGCCAUUUCUGUCGGAUCUGUCAUCGGAUCAUCUAAACGUGAAAUUUCAUUCUGAAGGAUCUUUAAAUGCAAGGGCGAGCUACAUCUGUGGUCAGGAUAUAUAUGGAGAUGCAAUAAUGGCAUCUGUUGGAUACACAUGGAGGUCCAAAGAUCUUUUAAUGGAAGAUAUGUCUUUGCAAUUGUAUUACAGGACACUUAUAGGUAAGACACCAAGUGGAAUUUACAAGUUGUCUAGGGAGGCAAUACUUAUAGCUGAGCUGCCUUCUGUUUUUAGUACGAAAACAAAUUGGAAGGGCUCCUUCCCAAAGGAAAUCCUUUGCAUGUUUUGCCGUCAGCACCAGCUAUCCGAGCCUGUCUUCUCUUUUCUGAAUGUACCUUCAAAAUCUGUAUCUGAGUCAUCAAGAUCACUCAAGAAACUGAAGGUUAUUGAGCCUGCCGAAGAUGAGAUAGAACUGUCUCAAUCAUUAAGAUCCGAAAGCUCAUUUAGGUGUGAAGUGAAAAUAUUUUCGAAGUCUCAGGACUUGUUGAUACAGUGUUCGCCUAAGCAAAUUUAUAAGAAGCAGGGUGAUUCUGCCCAUAAUGUUUCUUUGAAAGUUCUUACAUGGCUAAAUGCAUAUUUUAGGGAUACCGGUAUUCCUUUGGAGAAGCUAAACCAAUGUGCUGAUGCCCUUGACAUUCGCUUUUGUACCAAAAACUUUCUUAAAGUGUUUGUGUUGUGCCGACCAGUUCCCCACGUUGAGAAGGGUGAGAUUCAAGGAGUUUGCCAUGUAUCAAAAGAUAAUGUGGCAGGAUCUGGAGUUUGCACUUUGAAUAUUGAAGGUCGAGAUUCUGGUGUAUGUCCUUCGAGUGGAUCCUUGUUGUGUAUAAGUUAUUCUGUGUUCUUGACCGCAGAAGGUGAAAAUGUGAAUGUGCUUCUAGAAAGUAAUGAUGAGUUUGAGUUUGAGAUGGGGAAUGGUACAGUGAUUCCUCAACUUGAAACAGUUGUGACACAGAUGUCUACCGGCCAAUCUGCUUGUUUCAAAACAAAGUUACCCUCUCAAGAACUUAUCUUAGGUGCAGCUGCUGAUUCUACAACAACUCUUUCUUUGUUGGAUUCAAAAAUCUGCUGCUUGGAGUACCGUAUUACAAUUGUACGCAUUACGGAACCCCAGGAGGAAAGAAUGGAACGGGCUCUUUUCAGUCCUCCUCUUUCAAACCAGCGGGUGGAAUAUGCAGUGCAACGCAUUAAAGAAUCUUGUGCCACUACUUUGGUUGACUUUGGAUGCGGUUCUGGAAGUUUAUUGGAUUCCUUGUUGGGUUAUACAACUUCACUGGAGAAGAUUGUCGGUAUUGACAUAUCACAGAAAGCUCUCAGCCGAGCUGCAAAGAUCCUUCAUACAAAACUAGGCACAAAGUCAGUUGCUGAAGUACCUUGUAUUGGCAUUAAGUCUGCAGUCCUCUAUGACGGUUCAAUCACAGAUUUUGAUUCUCGAUUGCUUGGAUUUGAUAUUGGAACUUGCUUAGAGGUGAUUGAACAUAUGGAAGAAGAUCUGGCCUAUCUGUUCGGGGUUGUCGUGUUAAGCUCUUUUCGUCCCAAGAUUCUUAUUGUUUCAACCCCAAAUUACGAGUACAAUGCGAUACUCCAGGGGUCUAACAACGGCGGGCAAGAGGAGGAUCCAGAAGAGAAACCCUCGUCACAAGCUCCUAAAUUUCGAAAUCAUGAUCACAAGUUUGAAUGGACUAGAGAGCAGUUCAAUCAAUGGGCUUCUGAAUUAGCCAAAAUGAAUGGGUAUACUGUGGAGUUCAGCGGAGUUGGUGGUUCAGGCGAUGUCGAACCCGGGUUUGCUUCUCAGAUUGCUCUAUUUAGGAGGCUCCAAUCUCAGGAAGAUGAUUCUCUGCACAAAGAUGCAGCAGAAUGCUACAAAAUUAUAUGGGAAUGGAAUAGGGAAUAGAUUAAAUUUUCUGCCUUUUUUUUUACAACUGAUAGCAUGAAAACAAAACUAUUGGCAUAGAAAGGGCCAACAAUGUCAGUUCUAAUAUGCUAACUAUUAUUUAGGACCCAUUUUCUAUCCUCAUCUACAACUGCAAAGCUGUACAAUACUACGGUCUCUCAAAGAAAUCUAAUGAUCAUUGGUUACAUUUACUGGGAUUGGCUUC